AACAAUGCUUCCAAUAUUCAGUUCGAGAAUCAGCUUCCUCCAGUGAAUAUCGGAGCAUCUUUCGAGGGAAAAUUUCUGUGUUUCUGUGCUUGGGUUGUGAUUUUUUCUUGGUUGUGAUUUAUCCUAUUCUUACGAGAAUGAAGAUCUUAGUGGUUUUGGCUUGCGUGGCCAUGGCUGCGGCCCGACCAGAGGCUCCUCUGCAUGGUUAUAACUAUCCAGCUCCACGACCUGUGGUGCACCAGGCUGUGGCAUCGUCCGCUGCGCAUGCCACUGCCCACGGUCACGGAGGAGGUUACUUCCAGGCACAGGCUCCAGUCCAAGUUCACGCUCCAGUCCACGCUCCAGUGUUCCCAUCGUCCGGAUUCGGAUCCGCUAUCUCCGGUGGAGCGUUCGGCAGCGGUCAUGCUACCGGUCUCGGAGGCGGUUUCACUGGUGGCUUCUCCAGCGGUGCCAGUCAGGUGCAAGGCUUCGCCCCUCAGCAAACCGUGGUCCAGAAGCACAUCUACGUGCACGUGCCACCCCAGGAGCCCGAGGAAACCCGUGCCCAGCAGAUCGUGAGCCAGGGUGUGCCUCGCAAGCACUACAAGAUCAUCUUCAUCAAGACACCGAACGUGCAGCCAUCGGCCGCCCAGAUCGCCCUGCAGCAGGCCCAACAGGAGGAGAAGACCAUCGUGUACGUCCUGGUCAAGAAGCCCGACGAACAGGCCGAUAUCAACAUCCCACAGCUGCCGGCUCUGCCACCAAGCAAACCCGAGGUCUACUUCAUCAAGUACAAGGCCAACAAGGCUUUCGAUGGUGGUGUUGCGCAGAGUGGACUGAGCGGUGCUGUGGGUAGUGCUAGCGCCGGACUUGCCACCGGACUCGGUAGCUCGGGACACGGAUCCGGACAUGGAUUUGACGCCACUUUGGGAUCGUUGGGUGCCAGUGCCAGCAGCAGUGCUUCGUCGGUCGGAGGCAGCCUCCCACACACGGAAUACGGAGCCCCCACCGGUCAUCAGGGAUACCCCUAAGAGGUCGCUGACCGCCCGCCAACCGACCCGCAAACGUUACUCCUCCGGCUGAUGAUCAACACCCGCGAUACCUCCGUAUUUGCUUUAAAACUAGUCUGGUUAAGUGCGUGCGAGCGAAGAACGAUUGCUAGGUGCAAUGGACAAUACUCGGUUAGACCCCCCUUCCCUUCGGCGCUAUUCCUACCUAAAUGCGUCGCUGAACGCGACGCAUUACCAUUUUUCUUCUGACCUCGGACCAUACACUAAUUAAACACAAUCUCACGCAAGAAUAGGGGCUAUAAUAAAAAAAAAAUCGAGAGCGAUCGAUGAUUUCCAUUCGUGUCGGCUGGGAACACUGCCACGCGGUGCCAUCUUUCCUCACGUAACGGUGACAGAGGAAAGAUGGCAACCCUGGCAACCAAAUUCCAUUUCAGUAGCCUACUGCUACCACUACUACUACUACUGACCCCGGUCGGGCACGAAAGGCCAUCGCCGGUCGCGAACAACGAACGUGGAAGACUAAUUUUUUUUAAUGCUGCUGACAAUUUUUUCGCUGUUAAAUUAUUGAACCCGAAACCCGGAAAAGAAGCGUAAUUUUAAAUAAGGAUAUUUAGUAGGAAACUAGAGGAAGAGAGAAACAAAUUGUUACUUAUAUUUAAGUACCUACCGUAAAUAAAAUAGAAAAACGAAAAUAAAAGAGAGAUUCUAUAAACAAGGUAAA